AUAUACACUUAUAUAUACAUAUACAUAUAGAAAUCCACUUAGUCUCAUCAAAAUCAUUUCUUCAAUUCAAUCAGAUCUCUCUCGCGCUUCGAUCAGACACGCUCAAACCAAUUACUGCAAAUGGGAAUAUAUCUCAGUGCUCCCAAAACUGAUAAGGUCUCAGAAGAUGGUGAGAAUGACAAACUUCGAUAUGGGUCAUCCUCCAUGCAAGGGUGGCGUUCAACCAUGGAAGAUGCUCAUGCUGCUAUUCCAGAUUUUGACGGUUCAACAUCUUUCUUUGCUGUUUAUGAUGGCCAUGGAGGUAAAGCAGUGGCAAAUUUCUGCGCCAAGUAUCUCCACCUACAGGUGCUCAAGGAUGAAGCAUAUCUAGCUGGCGAUUUAAGCACUUCUCUACAGAAAGCUUUUCUCAGGAUGGAUGAGAUGAUGCGUGGACAAAGAGGCUGGAGAGAAUUAGCCGUACUGGGAGAUAAGAUAGACAAAGUUUCUGGUCUUAUAGAAGGGUUCAUUUUUUCUCCCAAGAGUGUUGAAGCUAAGAGUGGUGCAUUUAAUGACCAUACUGAUCAGUGGUCUUCUGAGGAGGGGCCUCACUCUGAUUUUAAUGGACCGAAUUCUGGAAGCACAGCUUGUGUUGCUGUCAUCCGAAACAAUCAACUUGUUGUUGCCAAUGCUGGUGAUUCUCGUUGUGUUAUAUCCAGGAAGGGUCAGGCAUAUAAUCUGUCUAAAGAUCAUAAGCCUGACAUUGAGAAUGAAAAAGAAAGAAUUCUGAAGGCUGGUGGAUUCAUCCAAGUUGGAAGGGUCAAUGGAAGUUUGAACUUGGCCAGAGCUAUUGGGGAUGCAGAAUUCAAGCAGAACAAACAUUUGCCCGUUGAAAGGCAGAUCGUAACUGCCAAUCCAGACGUAACUAGUGUUGAGAUUUGUGAUGAUGAUGAGUUUCUCAUCAUAGCUUGUGAUGGGAUAUGGGACUGCAUGUCGAGCCAACAACUUGUGGACUACGUUCGGGAACAAUUAAAACAUGAAAGUAAACUCUCAGUGAUUUGUGAGAGAGUGUUUGAAAGGUGCUUGGCACCAUCAUCUGGUGGAGAGGGCUGUGACAACAUGACAAUGAUCUUGGUUCAGCUUAAGAAACCAGUUACUUCAGCUGCUUCUGUCGGGGACAAGCCUCUCUCGUCUAAUCCAUCAUCUGAGAAGGAUAAAAGCUCAGCAAAAGCUAAAUAGAUUUUCUCAUGACUAUCGAAUGACUGCAUUUUCUGCAAGUUAGGGCUUUUGGUGAUCUCAGAAAAAUCAUAAAUUUGUUUGGAUUAGGAAAGAAUUCUCAGGACAGUACGUGUUCACGGUGUUCUGUCAAGUACCGUUGUAGCUUACGAGUUCUGUACAUGUGUCUGGGAGUUUGUCUUUUGGGUUCCCUCCAGAUUUUGAAGAGCUUUGCCUGCAAAUUUUUAAGACUGAACACUUGCUUCAGAUGGUAAACUGACCAAGAAAAAAAAUAUCAAGAUUUUUUUUCCUUUUCUCUUCA